AUGUUGCUGCAACGCCUCGUGGUGAUGUUUUACUCGCUGUGGGCGCUUCUGCAGCGUGUCAAGCACAAGAAAUGGUACCUGCUAGUGUUCGCUAGCUUCUACAUGGGCCUGCGCUCCACUCAGAAAGAACCAGUAGUGGGGAAACCACGCGAUGUGUUCAUUAACCACAUGAUCACCGAGACAAAAGACGACGGGAUCCACAUGGCACCUACUCCCGUAAAUGCGCCCUGGACCAACGCCAGCUUUGAGUGUGUUGGCUGGAAGCGUAUCCACUCCUGCAAAGAAGAGAAACCCGAAGACGAAGAGCAGGAAACACCAGAACCGGAGAAAGACUUUCUAGGAUGCUCGGAGGAGAUCGGAACGCAAAUGGCAGGCUAUUGCAUCGUGAGGAACCGCACGUCUGGAGACCUGUACAAGCUCAUGGUCAGCGGCUGCGACUCGCUACCGACUGGCUAUUACACGUGCGAUAUGGCCCGUGAUUUCUCCGAGUUUGGAUACCAUUCGGUUAAGUAUGAGCACAAUCCUGUAGCGCCAUCGUUGGCGUUGCCGUAUGCAGCGACUAGCAAGCGUCAACCUACCAACGGCGUGUUGAUGAUCAUCUAUGACCGCGUGUUACCGUCUGCGUAUGCUACAAUUCGGAUGCUGCGUGUACAAGGCUGUGAACUGCCAGUGGAGCUGUGGUACCGCCCUGAUGAAAUGUCGAUCGAUAACCCGAUUAUUCACAAGCUUCUGUCGGAUUAUAAUGUGCGGAUGCGACCGAUCUUUGAUCGUCGAGCUAUGGGAUUCCACGUCAAGCCGUAUGCAGUGUAUUACAGCAAUUUCGACAACGUAUUGCUGUUGGAUGCCGAUAACUUACCAGCGAAGGACCCAACGUAUCUGUUCGAGGAGCCGGAGUUCCUUCGGACAGGUGCUAUCUUCUGGCCGGACUAUUGGCAACCGUCCAACUCGCUUUUCCAGCUAUCAAACACAAGUCUACUAUGGCAGCUUACGGGCGUGAAUUACGUGGACAUGUUUGAACAGGAGAGUGGCCAAGUGCUGAUCGAUCGACUACGUAGCAAGCGCGCGUUGGACAAACUCAUGUAUUACUCGACACACCAGCCUCGGUUACUGGAGCAAUUGCAUCUCAUCUGGGGAGACAAGGACCUGUUCCGACUCGCAUGGCUCAAUGCCAGUCAGCCGUUCCACUUCAUUAAAUACCCGCCGGCAGUGGGCGGCUUGGAUUUGCAGAAGGAGAAGGGCGUUUUCUGCGGUUUGGCUAUGAUCCAGCACGACGUGCAGGGUAACCUGGUUUUCUUCCACCGGAACUCCAUUAAGCUGGACGGCAAGCCGGACCAGCCGCGUAUUAUGAGCCACAUCCAAGAGUACUCACUUGAGGGUAACCCACGCGACUACCGCAUCUUUCAGGCUGUGUAUGCACACAAGGAAUGCUGCUAUUACAUUGGCACAGAUUCGUUACCGGACGGUCGACCAGCUACACAGGUGACGCCUAUUGACUCGACUAUCUACGCGUCUAUUGAGGACCUGGCGAUCCAGUUUUCUAUUGAAGCAAGACAAUUGCUGAUCGACGAUGCGUUGGCCAGCGACCUGGGCUUUCGAUCAAUGCGUGUGCAGUAUAUUGUGGCACUGUUCCUGUUGGCCUAUGUGAUGGCCAUCAUCGCGUUCGUGUGGUGCAAAGGCCGCCCGGCAAGGGAGCGAUUGCCCAGUCGCUGGAAGCCCAUGGAGUCCAAGGAGAGCUAG